UAAAGCGGAUAGCUGGGAGAAAGCUGACUAACAAAAAGAAAAAAGUACAAAGAAGAAAUAAUUAGUUAAAAAAAUAUUAAUAAAAUUUUUUGUUACGGUUACCACCACCAGCAGCAACAGCCAAAUAAAUAUGUCACAAAAAGCUGAUAUUGCCUUGAUCGGCUUGGCCGUCAUGGGUCAAAAUCUAAUAUUGAAUAUGGAUUCAAAGGGUUUCGUUGUCUGUGCCUACAAUCGUACUGUGGAUAAGGUUGAACAAUUCCUGCAAAAUGAGGCUAAAGGCACAAAGGUCAUUGGAGCUACAUCGUUGGCUGACAUGGUCAGCAAGUUGAAAACUCCACGCAAAGUCAUGAUGUUGGUGAAAGCCGGUCAAGCUGUAGACAGUUUCAUACAACAACUUGUACCUCUGCUCUCACCCGGAGACGUUAUCAUUGAUGGUGGCAAUUCGGAAUAUUUGGAUACCGCACGUCGUUGUGAUGAGCUAAAACAAAAGGGUAUACUUUUUGUGGGCUCCGGUGUUAGUGGUGGCGAAGAAGGUGCCCGUUAUGGACCCUCACUUAUGCCCGGUGGACAUCCGGAGGCAUGGCCUUUAAUAAAACCCAUCUUCCAGGCCAUUUGCGCCAAGGCUGGCAAUGAACCCUGCUGCGAUUGGGUGGGUGAAGGUGGUGCUGGUCACUUUGUUAAAAUGGUUCACAAUGGCAUCGAAUACGGCGAUAUGCAAUUGAUUUGUGAAGCCUAUCACAUAAUGACAAGUUUGGGUUUGAAACCCGAUGAAAUUGCCCAACAAUUCGAUAAAUGGAAUAGUGAGGAAUUGGAUUCAUUCCUUAUUGAAAUUACAGCAGAUAUUUUGAAAUAUAAAGAUGAUAAGGGUUAUCUGUUGGAACGUAUUCGUGAUACUGCCGGACAGAAGGGUACUGGAAAAUGGACAGCCAUAGCGGCGCUGCAAUAUGGUAUUCCGGUGACACUAAUUGGUGAGGCGGUGUUUUCAAGAUGCUUGUCAGCUCUGAAGGAUGAACGUGUGGCGGCCAGCAAACAAUUGAGUGGACCAAAUACUCCCAUCAAAGUUGAUAAUCUCAAGGAGUUUUUGAAUGACAUAAAACAUGCCUUGUACUGUGCCAAAAUUGUUUCCUAUGCCCAAGGUUUUAUGUUGAUGCGUGAGGCAGCCAAUGUCAGUAAAUGGAAUUUGAAUUAUGGUGGCAUUGCCUUGAUGUGGAGAGGUGGUUGUAUUAUUAGAAGUGUCUUCUUGGGCAACAUUAAAGAGGCCUAUGAAAAGGAUCCCAAAUUAACAAAUCUCCUGUUGGAUCCCUUCUUCAAGAAGGCCAUUGCCACUGGUCAGAAUUCAUGGCGCCAGGUGGUAUCUAAAGCCUUUUUAUGGGGUGUUCCUGUACCUGCCUUAUCCACAGCUUUAUCCUUCUAUGAUGGCUAUCGUUCGGAACGUUUGCCAGCCAAUUUGUUGCAGGCUCAACGUGAUUAUUUCGGAGCCCACACCUAUGAGUUAUUGGGCCAGGAGGGCAAGUUUGUCCACACCAAUUGGACCGGAACUGGUGGCAAUGUUUCGGCCAGUACUUAUCAAGCUUAACGGUGUAUUAAAACUAAAAAUUAAAUAAAUAAAUUUAAAUUUCCGUACACAAAUAACUCGAAUGCUUGCUGUAAAUGGAUAGGUGGAUUAACGUAACAAAAAUCGUUUUGGAAUCAAAAUAAUCAUCCAUUACAUCAUACUAAAAAAUAAUGUUGUAAUUCAUUUCUACUUUUGUAAAUUGGUAAUCAUUCCUCCUUGUAUAUCAUUCGUAUAUUCUUAAAUAUAUAUGUACAAAUUGUAUAAACGAACAUUAUUUUAUACACACACGAAAA